CUUAACUUUUUUUUGCUGUGUUCAUUUCUCUCUCCAGACCUCUUAGAACCACGUGACUAUAAGGAGGAAGAGGAGGAGUUUAAGCAGCUUUGGGACCAGAAAGAGACCGAGCCUCCACAGAUUAAAGAGGAACAGCAGGAACUCUGGACCAGUUCGGAGGGAGAGCCGCUUGCAUUCAAGCAGGAGACUGAUGCCUUUAUCGUGACUUAUGAGGAAAGUGAGGCAACCAGUGACCAGCUCAUCUCUUACGUCUCCACUUCAGAUGAGAGCCAAGACGACGAGCAAAGGGAGCACGAAGACUCGGGGUCGACAAGCAAAGUAGAGCUGAAGCAAAAGAGGAGAUGCAACAAGGGACGAGAAGGAAGUCGCAGCCAUCCAGAGAGCGAUGCCGGCCGAGGUAAAAAGUCCUUCAGGUGUGACACAUGUGGAAAUACUUACCAGCAUCUGUCCAGACUUAACCAACACCAGAGACGCCACACGGAUGAGAGGUCGUAUUGCUGCCUAACGUGCGGAAAAAGCUUCAAGAAUUGUGGCGCUUUGACUGUGCACAUGAAAACGCACACGGGCGAGAAGCCGUACGCAUGCAAAACGUGCGGGAAAGGUUUCAUCCGAAACGGCGACUUGACUGUCCACAUGAGAACACACACGGGGGAGAAACCGUUCCCUUGCAAAGCCUGUGGGAAACGUUUCAGUCAGAGGGGUCACCUGGUGGCGCACAUGACCACUCACACGGACGAGAGACUGCAUUCCUGCAAAACGUGCGGAAGAGGUUUCAAAAACAACACCGCUCUGACUUCCCACAUGAGGAUCCACACGGAUGAGUUGUCCUUUUCUUGCAAAACGUGCGGCAAACGUUUCCGCCACAGUUGCAAUCUGACCGUCCACAUGAGGUCGCACACGGGCGAGAAGCCGUACUCCUGCGAAGUGUGCGGGAAAAGUUUCAGUCAAAAAGUUCAGGCGACUGUCCACAUGAGAAUCCACACGGGCGAGAGGCCGUAUUCUUGUGAAACGUGCGGUGAAAGUUUCCGACACUGUGGCCAUUUGACGGUUCACAUGAGGUCGCACGCAGGGGAGAAGUUGUACGUUUGUAACGUCUGUGGGGAAAGAUUUAGCAGCCUGUCAGUGUAUUGGACGCACAGGAGAAUCCACACAGACUCCAAGUCCUUUUCAUGCAAAAUAUGCGGAAAAAGUUUCACUAGAAGCUCAGCUUUGACCGUCCACACCCGAAGUCACACGGGCGAGAAACCCUAUUCUUGCAAAAUAUGUGGGAAAUGUUUCACGAGAAGCCGCGCUUUGACCGUCCACAUGAGGAACCACACGGGCGAGAAGCCGCACCGCUGUAGAAUAUGCGGGAAAAGUUUCCGGCGAACCACGACUUUAACUGUACACAUGAGAAUCCACACGGGCGAGAAGCCGUAUUUGUGCAAAAUGUGCGGGAAAAGUUUCAGACACUCCAGUCAUUUUAAUGCCCACAUGAAAAUUCACCCGGCUGAGAAGUCGCACGUUUGCAGCAUCUGUGGUGAAAGCUGUGGUUCCUACUCUGCCUUUAGAGCGCAUAAGAAUCAGCACAGAGUUGGGAAGGUGUAUUCAUGCAAAAUAUGCGGCAAAGGUCUGGGACGAAACAGUGACUUGACCGUCCACAUGAGGAGUCACACGGGGGAAAGACCGUACUCCUGUGAAACGUGUGGGAAAAGUUACAAACGUAACAAUGACCUGACGGUGCACAUGAGGACGCACACGGGGGAGAAGCCAUAUUCCUGUAAAACCUGCGGGAAAAGUUUUGGCCGGAGAGACAGUUUCAAGGUCCACGUGAAAAUUCACGCGCGGGAGAUUUGUGAUCAAGAGGGAACGACAGGGAACAAAAAAAUCAUCUGAGAAAAUGAACUUAAAAGACGUUUGUGAGUUUACUGCAUGAGAUGUGAUCUCAUUUUGAUCCAUCUUAACCUAAUCAGUCAGUGGAUAAAUUGAUAUAUGGUCAAUUUUAUAGGCGCAAGUUGCAAUUUUAGUUUCUUUUUCCUCUGAAACUUCACCAUCAGUUUAUUGUAACUCACAUCCAAGAGAUCGUGUUCUCACAUUUAACCCUUUGACCUGCAUAUUGCUGUAGUAAAAACUCUGAAAACCUACGUGUGGCUGUUUAUUCACCUCAUUGAGUAAAUGUAUCUACUGCUGCUAUUCAGAAUUAUUAUCGUCUGAAACGCUGUUGGAAAAAUCAGUAGUGGCUCGGUUCUGCACAGCUUCUCAGAAACGAACGAGGAGGAGUCGAGGUAAGAAGAUAAUCUUUUCAGAUGUCGUAUGUAGACGCCAUAACAAUCGUAUUUUACUUUUAAAGCAGUCAGUGUUAGCAGCGUAGCUCUGUUACUGAACAUACGGUCAAAGCUUUGAAACAUCAUGUAGCAUUA